GAACCUUCAUAUCUUAUUUAGGUUUUCUAUUUCUCAUCCAAAUAUUAUAGUUUCACUUUCUUUCUACACUCUUUUGUAAUAGUAUUUAAUGUUCAAAAAGUAUUUGGUUGAUUACUGGCAAAAUUACUGGUACCUUUGGUACAUUAAUGCAUCAUUGAUGCAUCAUCGAUAAAUCGUUACCAUCAUCAAAGAAGUAUUGAUACCAAUGGCUUUGCAAAGUACAAUCAACUAUCCUCUAGAGUUCAUUCUCCGUUUAUUCGGUAUCUGGCCGAGUUCUCCUCAUCGAGUUUUGAAGAGCAUCGUUUGGACAUUGUUGUUGUUCACGUUUUUAGUGUUCCAGUAUUGGUAUUUUAUCAGUCAUCUUAAAUCCACUGAUCUGACCGACUUGUUAGACGGAUUAAGCCUUACUUUAUCAAACAGUCUUGUUCUAUUGAAGCUGAUCGUUAUCUGGUUUCAUAAUCGAACAUUUUGCGAUAUCCUGACGUCCAUGUUCGAGGACUGGAAUUGUCCUUCAUUGGGGGAGAAGAAACAGAUAAUGAUAAAUAAGGCCAAUUUAUCUUCUCGCAUUACCAAUGUUUUGUUUACGUACUUUUUUGUGUCUUUUAUUUUGUACACAGGGAUUACUGUGGCCCUAUUAAGGGAGGAUAACGAUGGUACCCAAACGAGGAAAUUCUUUAUCAAAAUGGUGUUUCCUUUUGACGUAACGACUUCUUUACUUUAUAGUCUUAUUUUGGUUCUACAGUUUGUGUUAGAAGGUGUUUUGACCCUCGCAGCAGCAAUGUUCAUGGCAUUGAUUGCAACACUAAUAUUACAUGUCGGUAGCCAAGUUGAAAUAUUUUGCCAAACAUUGACGGAAGCUACCAUUUAUUCCGAAAAGGAUGAGUCUCGAGUCUUGAUAUUCAAAGAUCUCGUUUCCAGACAUCAGAGAAUCAUAACGUUGUCCGAGAAUAUUCAAAAUAUGUUCAAGUACAUAUCGUUGGGUCAAUUUUUGUCGAACAUGAUGGUGAUCGGUUUUAUAAGCUUUCUCUUUGCGGUCUCUUCGAACAUGGAGCAAGGAUCUGUAGUAAUAAUGAAGUGCUUUCCUUAUUACGUCGCUGUAAAUUGCGAAGCAUUCAUUCUUUGUUACACUGGGCAAUAUCUUUCUGAAAAGAGUGACGAUAUUACAGAGGUUGUUUACGAUUCCCUCUGGUACGAAUUGAAUCCUAGGGAAGCUCGUAUUAUAUUAUUAGUAAUAAUGAGGUCGCAGAAGCAAUUGAAGCUCACUGCUGCUCAAUUUACGACGCUUUCGCUCCAAGCGUUUGCCAAUCAAAUGUUAAUUUCAUCUAGAAUGAUAUCUAUCUACAGCAUCAGUCACCCAGUAGAGAUUGGUCUUCGAUUGACUGGAAUCUGGCCAUCGUCUCAUCAAAAUAUAUUUCGUUUUCUUUGGGUGGUAGUAAUGGCUACUGCGCAAAUAUCUCAAUAUUGGUACAUAAUAAAGCAUCUCAAUUAUAACAAUUUUACGAAAGUGGUGGAAUGUGUCAGUACUGCGUUGCCCUAUAGUUUGUUUUGCUUCAAACUGGUCACCUUUUGGAUCAAACGUGGAACUUUUAAGAAUAUUUUAACAGCGAUGGCCAUGGAUUGGACUAAUUCUUCCACUGGAAAACUAAACAGCGAAGUGAUGAUAAAAAAAGCUAAUUUGUCGAAUCGUUGCUCGCAACUAAUUAUGGGUGUCUACGUCCUUGCGGUUUUUCUUUAUAGCAGCGUGGUCGUCCAAUUCUUCCUUAAGGUCGACGAUCACGAUUCCGAUACGAAUUCUCGUGAAUUGUUAAUGAAAAUGGAAUAUCCAUUUGCAAGUUAUAGCAGGCCGACGUACGAAUACGUGUUGCUCGUACAGUUUUUGCAAUUAUUAGUCACUGCCUGUGGCAUUAGCAUGUUGGAUGCUUUCUUAAUAACCUUAGUAUUACAUGUUGGAGGCCAGAUAGAACUAGUGCAUCUAGCUCUGGCAGAUAUCUCUCCAAAACAAGCAAAACAUGGACUGCCAAAAUGUGUCAUCAAGCAAUUAUUCGAUAGACAUAAUAAAAUUAUUAUUUUUACAAAGGAUAUAGAAAAUCUUUUUUCUUACAUUGCUCUGAUGCAAUUGUUAUGCAAUACCCUCAGUAUUUGUUGUAUUGGCUUUUUAAUAAUGGUUUCGCUGCACUCGGACAAAAACGUCGCAACACUGACGAAAAUAUCGUUUUUUUAUAUCGCCAUCACACUGGAAGCGUUUAUUUUUUGUUUCGCUGGAGAGUAUCUCAGCACCAAGAGUACAUCCAUUAACAGUGCAGCGUAUAACUCAGUUUGGUACUUUUUAAAGCCAAACGACACUCGUGUUAUAUUGCUUCUAAUGUUAAGGUCGCAAAAGCAAUUAACAAUCUCUGCUGGAAAAUUUAUAGAUUUGUCUUUGGAAGGGUUUGCAAAUAUACUGAAAACUUCUGCGUCAUAUAUGUUUGUACUAUAUUACUCCACGCAAUUUCGAAAAAAGAAAAAUAAGAAAGAUUUAGAGAAAUAUAAAAAGGAAAUGGAUGCAGGAAUGAAGUCACCCUGUACGAUUAGCACGUCCGUUAAGUAUGGUCUUCAUUUUGCUGGCAUUUGGCCUGGCACGCCUUUUCCAGGUGUACACAAAUUCUUUUGGGUGACGUUUAUGCUCAUAUUUCAAACGUAUCAGUACAAAUACGUUAUCGCGCAUUUAAAAAUCGACACGCUGUUGGAAACGAUAGAUAAUCUGAGCAUCGCAAUGCCGUUCAGUUUGGUGUGCAUCAAGUUAAUAGUCGCUUGGACCAAUCAUGGGGUGCUUACUGAAAUUUUAUCAACAAUGAAAGAGGACUGUCGGAAGUACGCUGUGAUCGAUAAAAAUAAUUUUAUACCAAAAACAGCGCAGCUCUCUUAUCGUUUAACAAGUCUAAUUAUGUCUGUCUACGUGUCGUCCGUGGUUUUUUACGCAGCUGGUGCAUUUGCAUCUAAACCGAGCAAUGAUUCCAUGCCUCGAGAGCUUCUUCUCAAGAUGGACUUACCCUUCGAGACCAGGGAUUCCCCCAUUUACGAGGUCGUCGUGACUACACAGUUCCUCCACCAAAUGACGUCUGCAUUCACGUUUGGUGUCUUCAGCGCCAUGCUGCUAAUGAUGACACUUCAUGUAGGCUGUCAAAUUGACAUAAUCUGUCGGACACUAAAGGAUUCUUCUAGAAAGAAAAACCAAUUGCGUUUCUUCAUUAGCAGACAUCAAGAGAUCAUCCACUUUACAGAGAGAAUUGAAAAAUUGUUCACGUACAUAGCGCUCAGUCAACUUGUGUCCAACACUCUAAUCACCUGCUGUUUAGGAUUCCUCAUUAUGGUUUCGUUGAACGCUGAAAAUGGACUUCCUAUACUGAUCAAAUCCAUCAUGUUUUAUCUUUCCAUUUGUUUAGAAGCGUUUAUUUAUUGCUUCGCUGGGGAAUACCUCAAUACCAAGAGCAAAAUGAUUGGUGACGCGGCAUAUGACUCACUGUGGUAUGACUUAUACCCCAGUGAAAAUCGAUUGUUAGUCAUUUUAAUACUGAGGUCACAAAAAGGACUCACUCUUACUUUUGGGAAAUUUUCGAAACUGUCUUUGGAAAGCUUCACGGGGAUUAUGAAAGCUUCAGCAUCUUACAUGUCAGUACUACUCGCCAUGUCUUGAAACGAAAAAUCUGCAAGUAUUGUAUGUACAUACGUAUAGUUGACUGUGAUCUAGAACUCGUAAUUAAAC